AAAACUGGCGACGCGUUGUCGAGUAGCGCGUAUGUGUUCUAUACAGAGUAUGAUUAUUUACAAUCAAGACAUCUUGCAGUACUCCAGUAACUAACUGUCAGCACACCUUUUCAUCGGGAAUAAUUGUAUGGUAAACUAAUUCUCCAAGGGACUCCAUCAGAGUCAUCGUCUCCAGCUCCAUACAAUAUGGAUGACGAGCUACCGGCAUCCAUCCGCCAUACAACACACGUAUGUUCCCGGCGUCCCACGGAUCGCAUGGUUAUCAUCUCCGUUGGCGCGCCACGAUGCAGUCCAAUGAAAAGGUGGAGAACGCCGUUGCUGCUGCUGCUGUUACGGCAGUGCGACUACGGCGGCAUACGAUGCAGUCGCGUUGGUUGCGGUUAUGACGCUAAUUGUACCAACUAGCUCCUGCCAGUUGUUUCUGCAGACGCCACUUACGGUUGCUGUGUGUGUGUGUGGCUAUGAGGGGAUCCCAAAGGCAACAUAAUAAUAUUGAUUAAUAACAAGGGGAAUCCUUAAUAUUAUCUUCCUCAUCCGAUCAUACUCGUACAUUUUUUGAUGAGCAGCUUUGGCGGCAGUAGACCACAUUGAGCCGGGAUCAGUGCACGCGCGUGGCCAAAAACUCGUGAUAUUGAUGCCGCAGUGCCCGGUGCUUGAGCAACUUCGUGGGAAUUGUAAUAAUUUGUCCUUGAUCUACAAGAGGUGAGGGAAUUGCGAACGGUUAAGUAGCGUGAUUAAUCAUCGUAUAUGCUGGCCAUUCAAUGGAAUAAUUAUCGCCAGUCGCCAAUAUGGGAUGUCGUCCAACAAAAUACAGGAAGCCCACCAGGGUCGAAAAAAGCAUGAAAGCCGCCAUGCUGAUACAGCGCUGGUAUCGACGAUACAAAGCACAGCAUGACGUACAAAGACAAUAUACCUGGACGAUCUUCCAGAAAAUGGAAUAUGCUAAUGAGCAGGAUCACUUAAAGCUACAAAAUUUUUUUAACGAAGUUCUGAGCAACAAAAAGCUUCUAUCGACCAUGGCGGACACUUCCGUUGCAUCAGCCAUAGAAUUGGUGAAAAAGCGAAGUAUGAGUCACGAUCACACUGCUGAAAGCGAACCGGAACUGGAACUACUUAAAGCCACAGAUUAUGAAACCAUCGUUGUUCCUGACUCGUAUCAAGGGUUCCGUUUAUCCAAACCUUAUUACCAAAACGCACUGGAGCAGCUCAUUGAGUCUGUAAAAGCCAAACAGCGUAUCCACGUUAAGUUUGUUCUGGAAAUUCUUCAUGAAGCGCGUACGACUUUAAAAAGUCUUCCCAAUAUUCGCUAUGCAUCGACGUCACUGUCAAAGAAAAUAACCGUUGUGGGUGAUCUGCAUGGCAAAAUCGAUGAUCUGCUGAUAAUUUUCUACAAAGCCGGAUUACCCGAUACGACCAAUCCUUUUGUAUUUAACGGCGAUUACGUCGACCGGGGGUUUUUCUCGCUAGAAAUCUUGCUAAUACUUUUAAUGGCCCUCAUAACAAAUCCCAACGCCGUUUUUCUCAACCGUGGAAAUCAUGAGGAUCAUGUGAUGAAUCUGAGAUAUGGCUUUAUAAAAGAAAUCAGCAACAAAUACCGGCAAGUGGAGUCUAAAAAAAUCCGUCGACUAAUAGCAGAUGUAUUCAGCUGGAUGCCUGUUGCUACUAUUAUUGACCAAAAGGUUUUCGUUACUCAUGGAGGGGUAUCGAAUAUGACGGACAUUAAACUGAUCCAAACCCUUAAACGAUCUAAGUACAUCUCUAUAUUAAAUCCACCAAUUUCACCUAAUCAAGACAGCGUAAAAUCCCCUAACGGCACCGAUCAUGAAGCUGUGCAUGACUUGGAACCACAAGCCGAGCAGGUCGACCAAGGAAAGGUUACUGAUAGUAAGGCCUUCUUGCGCGUCGUCGACGUGGAUGACGACGCUGAGGCGACGUUCGAAUGGAAACAAAUUGUGGAUCUUCUGUGGAGUGAUCCGUCUGCCGUCAACGGCUGCACACCCAAUACUUUCCGUGGAGGCGGCUGUUACUUUGGUCCCGAUGUCAGUAAACAGUUUAUGGAUGCCAACAAUCUGCAAUAUAUGAUCCGUUCGCAUGAAUGCAAGCAGGAUGGUUAUGAAAUCACCCAUGAUGGCAGGGUUGUAACCUUAUUUUCCGCUUCCAAUUACUAUGAAGUCGGGAGCAAUCGCGGCGCAUUCUGCCGGCUGAUGGCACCGGAGCUGAAGCCGCAUUUCGUGCAGUACAUCUCUACACGCGGUCAUAAACGGCUGACAAUGAAACAAACCACCACCACCAUGGAGGAGAAAGCCAUCAAGCAUCUUAAAGAACAGUUUUUUGCUCAUAAAACCGAGUUACUGGAGGAGUUCGAGCAUUAUGACCCCGGCAAUACCGGAAUGGUCAAGCUGCACGACUGGUGCAUCGCUGUGGAAAAAAUCCUUAAACUCGGUUUGCCUUGGCGAACACUGAGGAAACGACUAGUGCGCAUGUCUCCCGCAAAUCACCAACUUGUUGACUACUACACAUCAUUCGAGGAGCUGAAUGCGGUGGAUGUCUCCCCAACGCGAAAUACGCCGUUGCUAUUUGAAACCUUGUAUGCUCACAAAGACAACCUGGAAGUCAUAUUCCGCUGGAUGGAUCAGGAUAAUUCCGGAAUAUUAACGAUGGAGGAAUUUCAGAAAGGCUGCAUAUUGCUCAACAAACACAUGGGAAGCCCCCUAAGCGAGGAGCAAAUUCGGGAUUUGGCGGUGUCGUUGGAUAUAAAUAAAGAUGGUCAGAUUGAAUUUAAUGAAUUUCUCGAGGCCUUCCGUCUGGCGGAAACGGAGGAUAUGGAUUUCGAGGACACACCUGAGCCGAGCGACGUGAUUAUGAGCAAUCAAGCUAAUGGGCACAGUCUACACAUAACCGCCAAUGGUGGCUUGACGUAACUACAGCUGGAUGAUGCUCUCGACGGUGGAAAAAUGUGUUUCCGCUCCUCGCAGCUAGUCUUGUGAUCCUCUUGAUAUGCUAACCCUAUACGACGAAUCGGUGCUUAAUACUGCACUGGGAGAGAGAAGAACCAGUUUUGUGGAAUAACAAUACAUGUUGUUCUUUCAGCUUUUCUUUGCCUCAAGAAAUGCCAUAUUUAAAUGGAGCUUUCUGUGAUCGAAAUAAUGGUUAAAUAACUGUAAUUUUCCGAGACGGAUUUGUCGGUGCCGCAUAGAAUUACUUAUGAUAUAAAUAUGCAACUGCAAUGAUACAGCGUUGAACAUUUCUAAAGAAGUGGUAUAUGUGUGGUACUUUACGUAAUAA